AACCUAUGGUGCCUUUCAUUGAGUUUUCCCCUCAGUCUGUGUGUGUCGAUCAGUCCCAGAAGCUGCAGUUACAAUCACCCGUGGUGCACUGCUGGAUGCGCUGUGCUGAUAUUUGGGCUGUUUUAAAACUGCAGAAGAACCAUGAGCUCCCCGCCAAGCCCUUCUCCAACCAGGUGGUUCAAAGCCCUGCGGAGGCCGAGGGUGGAGGAUGUGUGUGUGAAGACUGGAGUAUCUGUAUGUUCAGAGGUCUUGAGGAGAGCCAGAGCAGCUUUCAGCGCAGGCAGAACAGCCCAGGACACUUUCAGAAUGGCUCAGCUUGAGGCUUUGGUGCGCAUGCUGAUGGACCACGAGUGUGACUUUGUGGAUGCUCUUGGAAGGGAUGUGCACAAGCCUCGCUUUGAAACCGUGAUGUCAGAGCUACUGGUAGUCAAAAACGAGGCUCUGCAUGCCAUCAGCAACUUAAAGAAAUGGAUGGAGCCUCAACGCAUUGAACGUGACUGGUCUACAGCGUUAGAUGAAUGUGUUGUGGUAAAUGAGCCGCUGGGGUUAGUAUUGAUCAUUGGGAACUGGACCAGUCCUCUUCAGCUCUGUCUCGUGCCGUUAGUAGGUGCCAUUGCAGCUGGUAACUGUGCAAUUAUCAGCCCAUCUGAAACCUGCACGCACACAGCUGAGCUUCUGCAUAGACUCAUACCUGCUUAUUUGGACAAUGAGUGCUUCCACUCUGUUAUUGCAGCAGCUCAUGAAAUUACAGAAAAAGUGGAUCUUAAAUUUGAUCAUGUCUUCUUCUUUGGCGAUAAAGAGGACGGGAUUAAAGUGGCUCAAGCCGCUGCUCGCACCCUGGCUCGGGUUACUUUGGUGCUGCGUGUUAAAAAUCCUUGCUACGUUGACAGUCAGUGUGACAUCAACACCACGGCUCGGCGCAUUACCUGGGCGCGAUUCCACAACGCUGGCCAAAGUGCUGUGGCUCCUGACUACAUCCUGUGCCAUGCAGAGGCCAAAGAAAACCUCCUGCAGGCUCUGCGCUGCUCACUCCAGCAGUUCUACGGCACUGAUCCACGUGAAUCCCGGAGCUACGGCAGGAUAGUGAAUGAGGAGAACUUCAGCAAGGCCAAAGAGCAGCUCUGGAGAUCUGGAAAGGUCAUCAUAGGGGGUCAAGUCAACGAGAUGGAGAGAUACAUUGCACCAACUGUCCUCACGGAUGUCAUGGAGUCUGAUCCGAUCAUGCAGCAGGAUACUAUUGGACCCAUCCUUCCCAUACUGACUGUCCAGGAUGCCGACGAGGCCGUGGCUUUCAUCAACUCCAGAGAGAAACCGCUGUGUGUGUAUGCUUACUCUAGCAACAACAAGGUGAUCUCCAAGAUAAUGAAUGAAACAUCCAGUGGGAGUUUUUGUUCGAAUGAUAGCGUCUUACAGAGUGUGAUGGUGGGCCUGCCAUUCGGAGGAGUUGGUGCCAGUGGGAUGGGCUCUUAUCAUGGUCGCUACAGCUUUGAUGCGUUCUCCCAUAAGAAGUCAUGUCUUCUGCGCAGCACCCAGAUUGAGUGCAUGACAGUUUUGCGUUAUCCACCUUAUGAGGACCGUAACCUGUCUCUGGUCAGUCUGGCUAGCUUUCUAAAUCUGAAGAGUCAAGGUUGGUGCACUAUCUUGUGAAAGUGGUUCAGAGCAAUCAACAGACUAAAUUGAAAUCUCAGUCUUGACAUCUAUCUCUAAAAACAAGUUGUAAACAUUUGUACAAGUUUCUGUUUUAAAAAGAUGCGGGAUGUUCACUGAUUCUGUGCUGUGAAACGCAAUGUUGUAUUCAGCUUUCUGUAAGCUUCGGUAGAUCUAUAGAGAUUGUACUGUAUCUUCAGGGACAGUCCUCUAAGUGACCUGCACAUCCAUUUAUUCAUUUAGCAUGAGUUAUUUCCUUAGAGGAGAAAACUAAAUCAGUUAUGGAAUCAUAUAAAAUUGCAAACAUAC